AUGGUGUUUGGUAGCACACCUGAAAUACGAGUGGAGUUGGAAGGACGUGGCUGCACUGAAGUAUGGAUCAAAGCUGUUGUGGUUGAACAAAUUCUGAAAGUUCUAGGAGUGUCUUCUGGAAAUGUAUUGGAAUGCAUUAAUUUUGGAUCAGUUUACUUUGGGUCUUCAAAGACUGAACAAAUAUGUUUAUACAAUAGAAGUCCAGAGUCUAUGGACUGGGUAGCAAUACUGGAAGACAAUAGCAUUGGAGGAGAGAUGGGAACAGAUCUUCAGAGGAGUGCAGAUGCUGUUUUACAAGAUUUAAGCCUCAUAAAUAAAACAGAAGAUGUAAAUGUUUCCACUUUGAUCCUGUGCUUUCCCAAUCAAGGAACCUUACUACCUUAUGAGAAGUCUUUUCUUACAUUGUGCUUUAGUCCAAAGAAAUUUAAAAAGGCCUUUGGAGUGAAUGACUUGUCACCAAAACAAGAUUAUGUACUGUUUCUGAGAUUUGAGGUUGUUGGGAAUAAAGAUGGCUAUCUGAAGGCUUGUGGUGAUGAUACCACACUGAUCACAAUGAAUCAUCCUCAUCACACUGAGCUGGCUCUGAAAGGUUCUGGGAUUCCUGUCAUGUUAACUUUUAAUCCAGGACCAGUUAUUAAGUUUAUGGACUGUUUCUCAGGUGAACAAACACAAGUUGUGUGCACACUCAAAAAUGAAUCUGAGUCCCUUCCAGUAAAAUUCAGUUUCCGCAAGACUGCUCACUUUAAUAUUUCUCCUGAAAAAGGAAAAAUAAAAAAAUGUUCUACAAAGGAUGUGAUAUUUUCAUUUUCUCCGCAUCAAAUAGGAACAUUUAAAGUGAAGCAAGUUGUUGAUAUCAUUGGUACAGGACUAGAAAACAAUUUACAGGUUUCGAAGACAAAAUCUUUUCACCAAAUAUACCUGAGCUUGAUUGGUGUGUGCAAAUCUAAGCCAAAAAACAUUCUAUUCAAGAUUAAUCCUGGUAUAACACCAAUGAUUUCCAAUGCAACUGGACAGUUUGUAGCUGAUGGCACAGGACAGUGCACUGAUAUUGCACCUGUGGCAAUACUUAAAUCAACCCAAACACAAAUUCAUACUCACAAGAUAAACAGAAAUUAUAAGGGUGACGCGUUUAUAGCUUUUCCUAAUGACCGCUCUGCCAGCAUUAGGCCUAGCGAACGGAAUAAAAAAUACAGGACUAUUUUUACGAAGACUGAGAGAUAUAAUUACAUAGAUCCACAGUUUUCUUAUACUGACUAUGAACAACUGUUGAAAGAAGUACACAAGGAAUACUAUGCCGAUUUCAUUUCUAGUUUAAGGCAGUGUCGCUUGCAGAAAGAUGCCACCAGGCAGUUUUAUAUUUAUAAUAAUUCUGUGAGCAUAGGCCUUAAACCUGCAGAAGGACUUGUGUCACCAAAGAUCUCAAUCACAGAUCUUCACAAGGAGGAGUUACAGUUCAAAAUGCUUUCUUUAGAUGAAAAUUGCCCAUUAACUAGUCGAAGACUGUCAGCAAGUGCGUCUAAAUCUUCAGUCAAAGAAAUUUGGAGCGGGCUUAGUGCUAUGCCAUCUUCUACCCAAGAGAAGGAAGAUUGUAGUCUAACUUUGACACCCAAACAGCUUCAUCAAAUACUAAUUGGUCCCUCUACUAUGGACUUUGGUGAUGUUUGUGUGUACUCUACAACUGCCAGAAAACUACAUAUCGUCAAUAACUUGUUAGUCCAUAUAUGGAUACAAAUUGAGAUUGAAAUAGAUGAACUAGAGCAAACAAGUCCACUGUGUCAGGUGGUGCCUCCGCUUACAAAGACUUAUAUUCCAGUUGUCUUUGAGACAAAAAAGCUUGGAAUGUUUAAAAAAUCUUUUACUUACACAAUAAACAACAAACAUCCUGGGCACGUGCUGGUCAUUGCAAAUGCAGUGUCUGUUGAACUCCAGUUGUCUGAAAGGGAAGUGAUUUUAAAUCCUAUUCCUGGCUACUUGGCAGAGACAGAAUUUAGAGCAACUGUCAGGGUAUACAAUACCAGAAACCAUUCUGCUGAGUUUACUUGGAAACCUGUAACUACAGAUAAAGGAACUGCAUUUUCUAUACAGCCAGCCAAAGGCUUUGUGGAGCCCUAUAGAGACUUAGAGUGUGAAGUUGUUUGGCAUCCCGGGUUCAACUCCCCAGAAGCAGGAGAAUUCAACUUGUGUGUGCGUAAAGGAAACAUAAUUAAGUUGAAAUGUUUUGCAAAGCUUGGUACCACAAAAGUUCAGUUUAUAGAACAAAGGAUACCGUUCAGUCAUUGUCCAGUGGGUUUAUCUACUUGUAAGACAGCCAUUCUUCAAAACACAGGAUACAAUCAUGCCUACUUCCAAGUCCUUCAUUCAAAUCCACUGCCUGGAAUGUUGAUCACCCCUCGUGACGGGGUGGUACCUGUGGGAGGCCAUGCUGAGCUCAAAAUCCUUUUCACUCCAAAUGCAAAAAUGAGUUUUGAUACAAGAGUGGAGGUAGCAGUGCGAAAUUCAGGAGUACUAGUGCUCAGGAUUGUUGGAUUUGUAGAGACCCCUGAAAUAAAGAUUGAUGUGGAACUAUUUGACUUUGGUGGUGUUUAUGUUAAUUCUACAAAAUCAAUUCCAUUUUUGCUUCAGAAUAAAGGACAGGCACGUACCAGAGUGGAGUUUGAUUUUUUCAAGUAUAAGGAUUUUAAAUUGAGUGCUAAUGACCAUUCAGUGGUUGAAAACUGUUCUUCAAAACCUUAUUUGUAUUCAGUUGACUUAGAGGGAAAGUCAUCUUUGCAGUGCUCAUUGUCCUUCAUGCCAAAAGAGGUAGGUUGAUGGGGCAGUGGUGAUUAAGCUAAAUUAAACUGGCACUCUCUAAUAUUUCUAAGAUGAGAGAAUAUAGACAUUCUAGAUGUACUUUUUAGUGUGUACAAUAGUUUUGUAAUAGCAACCUGAUUAUUAAGAAAACAAGUUUUGAAAUAACGUACUACUUUUGCUUCUUUCCUUAAAAGUAUGCUCACAAAGAAAACACACUUUUCCAAUGACUUCAAAAUAGAGAAUGAAUACAUUUAAAUCCUUACCACACGUUCAUUAAGUCAUUCAGCAAUUGGUGGCUGUUUUCUAUUUGCAGCUGUUUAUGGUUUAACUCUCAGAUGACCUUAAGGGACUACAAAAGUAGAAGAGUUUUGUGUGUCAUAAUGAUCAGCAAAGUUGCUUUGUAAUGGAGGAAAGGAAACAAAUUGAAGAUAUGAGACUAUGGGUUAGUUUUACAUCAGGAUCAUUGCGUUUUAUUGGUGGUACAUGUCAAUGGGCAGCACUUUUAGUAAAUUUUAAUUCAACCUAUUGAGCAACAUUUUUUAAGUGGGGGGUUUGGGGAUUUUCAUAUAUAUGAAGAACAAUGAACAGCAACAAAACCUAGUCUUUGAUAUUAUAAACCUCUUUCAGAACAAACAACUAGUUGCAGCACACAAACCUGUUCCAUUAGCUUCAUUUUUACCUUAAAAAAUAAAUGAAUUUCAGAGACAAUGCAUCUUGGAAGGGCCAACAAUGUUCUUUUCUCCCUUGUUCCUACUGUCCCUCCUUCCUACCUACAAUUUUAUUGUUUGAAUAGAAGUCGAGUUCUCUGUUCCAAGCAUAAUUCAAAUAAAUAUUUGCAUAUUACAGCCUGCAUCUCUUAACACUAUGGUUUUCUUUCUAUACUACUUUCAGCUUAGAUUUUGUGCACACAGGUAAACCAUUGCAAAAUAAAUAACUGGUGGUGUAAAUUUAUAGUAUGCUUGCUACUCGGAAUUUUUCUUGACAGAGGAUGAGUUAACAUAUUCAUCAAAAAUGAAUUAUUUGAAAUUGAAUUAAUUUCCACCAGUAGCAUAGCAGGCCUUGAGGUUAGAUGAGAAGCAGUAGAUGUCAUAUCUUUAUAAGUAUCUUGACAUUGUCUGGUGCAGUACUCACAUAGGCAAGGCAGGCAGGUGUUGACUGGAUACAGUGCUAGGAAGGUAUGCUAAAUUGUACACAGAAUAUCGCCAGUGACCUACUAUCAAACUGAAGAGAAGCUCAGAAGGGAAUAUGCUGACAUUUUCAUUUAGGUAUGAAUGAUCAAGAAUAGAAAUUUGUGUAUACAAGUUGUGUAUCUCUAAACUACGUUCAUAUUGAUGGGAGCCAUAACCUGAUAUCUGACAGCUCUUUUCCUGCUUCUGGCAUGGGGUUUCUCUGGUGAUAGUGCUGCUGUACAAACUGAUCCUUUAUUCUUCAUUGUACUAGAAAGUAGUAUAGAAGAAGGCCAAUCAUCCCUUUCCAGACUACUGAAAUAUAAACUCUAAAAUUGUAAAUGAACCCCAUCCCCUCCAAACUAUCAAAAUAGGGAUUUUUUUGUGCCUCCCAGUAUCCUAUUUGCCCCUUCUGCAAUUAAGCUAUAUUACUGUUUUCUUUCUUUGCCAAGUGUAAGGAUGGAUUAAGAAUAGAUAUGUUGCUUCUAACACUGCUCUACAUUCAAAUGAUUAAACAUGCAGAAUCGUCUACUGUCUCAGAAGUCUUCUGAACCACUUAUUUAGUUCAUUUCACUUGUAGUCUGAGCUACAGACUCAGCAUUACUGAUGGUUAUUAACAAGCAUCCCCAACUAUAAUUUGAUGCUGGUGAUAAGGUAACCUAACUGAAGACAAGGCUAUAUCAAUUUGCAAUCUGCUCUAAUGAUAUAAUUUGGGGAAAAAAAAUAUCUUAUAUUUAACUUGAUUUGUUUUCUGAUAGCUCCUUUUUAAAAAAAAAAAUAAGUCACUGUCAAAUAUAUUGCAACUGUUGAUUAUAGUUUUUCUCUGUGAUAUCAUCUUUUUUUAAUUUUUCAAACUUUGAGUGCUUUUUUUUUUUUUUUUUUUUUUUUCUCCAAGCAGAACAGCUUCAUUCAGAAGUAAGGGAAUAAAGAGCUUCAAAAAGGAAACUUCCCUGAGGUGUCUCAUGCCUCAUAACCAAUUAAUAAGCCCUGCUCUCACAGAUUUUAUUUAUUUCCAUUUCCCCUUCUCUCCAUGUGCUCACAUCCUUUCUCUGUCUCUACCCUGUGCUAGGUAGGCUCAGUGCGCAGCCAGUGCUUCCAUUCUGCUGCAAGUAUACUAUUUCUUGCCUGGCAGGAGGCAGCUUACUGAUUACCAGGCAAGACAUGCCCAAAUACACUUACAACUUACAACCCACUGGUGGUCACAUGUUAACAUUGUUGAGCUUUAAUGAAGCACUGAUAGCUGGGAGCAAUAGCACUGAUUAAUGUAAAAGGCAGAUAACCUUGAAAACUAAAUGUGCCACCCAGUAUGGCAUGACCAAGAAAGCAUCUGGAAGUGCCUGUACCCCCAGGGUGCUGUAGCUUUUCUUUAAUCUAGCUCCUGCAAAGUAGUAUAAUAAAAUAAAAUCUUUAAUAAUAAGCAUAAUUUUGUUAAGAAAUUGGUAUGGGUAGUGGCAUCUCUUGUUGUGAUCAGAGACUCUCAUUAGUUGCAGAUUCUUAGAACAUUCCUCCUUGGAUCUGAGUUGUUGCUAUCAUUCUGCUGCAUCUAGAUUUGCCCCUUCUCUCAUCAGAUUUCUUCCAUCUCUUUUCUGACUUUGGAAAAAGCUCUUGAAAAAGCUCAGAUCUCUCUAUACUGAGCUUACUCUAUUCAAGUUUCACAGUUGCUGGCACUAUAUCCUGCCUCUCUACUUGAACAGCUGUUUCUCUGAUAUCAUCACUGUUUUCUGGACAACUGGUCUUAGCCGGCUUACCUCCCAGCUGCUGCAAGCCUUCUGUAUCCCAGUGAGAUGAAUUCUUUCUGCCUGCUGUCUGGUUCUGCUAAAGCUUCCUGCUGUUGCUGUAGUCAUCACUACUGACAAUGCUAUCCGUAAACCAACAAAACUCCACAAAUCUGUGUUGUGCUAAGAAAGUAGAUACUAGAAAUGUGAAAUUGAAUCAAUCUUGAAUACUCCUGCCAAAAAUCAUCUUGGUAAUUGUUUUCCUUUUAUGUUAAAAAGCUUUAAGUCAUCAGACUAAGUAAGCACAUAGCAACUCUGAAUAGCUGCCACAAUUUAUGCUAAAACUUAGUAUGAACAAUUUAAUGUGAUAUCAUAAGACAUUCUUAGAGAUGAAGUAUAUUGGCAUGUUUAUAAAAUAACAUCUACAAAUUUUGAGAUAAUUCUCCCAAUAGCCUAAGCAAUUAAAUUAAAUUGAUGCUUUAUAGAUAAGGCUAGGAUGCUGCCCAGGUAUGGCAUGAUUUUCCCUUCCUGUUACUCCAGCCUCUCAGAAGGUGUUGGAGGUGACAGUUCUCUGCCUCGUGGGAAAGUGUUGAAUAGUGGGAUUCAUUUGCAGUUACAGAUAGAUGUAUAUGCAUAGAUGUACAUAAGUGAGAACAAUAUACAAAUAAGUAAAUAUAAAUAGGUAAGCUGGCAAAUCCUUAAUGUCAUAUUUUAUAUAGGCUAUAUGAUCCUUUCUUUUCUGUUUUGUUACACUUUUAAUGAAGUAUCUCAAAUAAUGAUUACAUUUCACGUGUUUUUCACUGCAAUAUAAGGAGGUUUAGCCAGCUGUAAGUCAUUUCAUUUCAGAUGCUGAGUAAAACAAAAAUUCGUAUUGAUUUAAAGAACAGCAACAAAUCAACAGAUAAAACAACCAAAAAACUCACGAACCUCCGGCCAAAUAUUUGUUGGAACUCUCUUGUCCCUAUCCAAGAAGCAUGACUUUUUUUGAUCGUGACUCAUGUUCUGCAGGCUGAUUGUCUGUUAGGUUGAGGAGCAGUUCAUUGCUGUUGUUGUUGUUGUUUUGUGCCAGGGAAAUGGACAGUGUGUUAUCAUGUUGAAUAUUUGCUCAGUGACAAUCUUUGGUCCUUAGCUCUCACUGUGCUUCUCAAGGCAGGAUGAUCCACCUGCUAGCAGCAAGGUUAUGCAAGUUCUGGUAAGGCAGAAAGGCAAAGCAAGGUGCAGGAGUGUGCUGCUUCAACUAUAUAUAGUGUGUGUAUAUAUAUAUACACACUAUAUAGUAUAUAAUUAUAUAUAUACACGAUAUAGUGUGUAUAUAUAUGUAUACAAUAUAUACAAUGUGUAUAUGUAUAUAUAUAUACACGCACUAUAUAUAUGUGUAUAUAUAUACACACACACUAUAUAUAUACAUGUAUAUAUACACACACAUAUAUUUUGGAAUAGAAAAUUCCAGCACCUUAGGAAAAAAUAUGACAUAUACAGCUGUGUAAUAAUGAGACCUGUGAGGGCUUUGAUUGAGACAAAUGGAGCAAGUCACACUUGUCAGAACUUGUUGUUUAGACUUCAUAUAGAGA